AUGCAGCCGCAAACAGACGUUUUUAACUACAUAAACACCUCGAACCCAUCACCAUAUCCAUCCCAUUUUCCGAUAUCAUCGCCACAUCCAAUCAACGGUCUAAACUUGAACCCCUUCUACGGAUUCCAAAGUGCUACAAACAAUCCACAAUCCAUGAGCCUAAGCAGCAACUCGACAUCAGAUGAAGCAGAGGAACCGCAUAUGGACAAAAACAUAAUCAACAAGCGGAAGCAGAGAAGGAUGGUAUCAAACAGAGAAUCAGCAAGAAGAUCGCGUAUGAGGAAGCAGCGUCACCUUGACGAGCUUUGGUCUCAGGUGAUGUGGUUUAGGGUUGAGAAUCAUCAGUUGCUUGAUAAGCUUAACAAUCUCUCUGAGUCUCACGAAAAGGCUCUUCAAGAAAAUGUUCAGCUUAAAGAGGAAACAUCUGAGCUAAAGCAGGUGAUUAGUGAUAUGAAAAUUCAAAGUCAUUUUCCUUGCUUCAGAGACGAUAUAAUUUCCAGUGAAUAGAGCAUUUUUACCCCCAUGCACCGACGUUCAUAUAUGAAUUAUGUGUUUCUAUUCGGAGAUUUUUUUUCUGUUUACCAUGACUCCACGAGGAUGCAGUAAUUUAAAAAGUGAACAAGAUAGUAUUAAUGAAGAACAUAUAUAAGUGGUGUUGGUCAAAUCUUGAGUCAUGUUUGUGAUGGGGACAGAGUGAGGUGGUGUAUGUUUUGUUUUAUUA